GCGGGGCGGGGCGAUGGAUAAACUGACCAUCAUCUCAGGAUGUCUCUUUCUGGCCGCCGAUAUCUUCGCCAUCGCCAGCAUCGCCAACCCGGACUGGAUCAACACCGGGGAGUCGGCGGGGGCACUCACUGUGGGCCUGGUGCGGCAGUGUCAGACAAUCCAUGGACGAGACCGGACCUGCAUCCCUCCGAGGCUUCCCCCAGAGUGGGUCACCACCCUGUUUUUUAUCAUCAUGGGAAUCAUUUCCUUGACUGUCACAUGUGGUUUGCUGGUGGCUUCCCACUGGCGAAGAGAAGCUACAAAAUAUGCUCGAUGGAUAGCAUUCACUGGAAUGAUCCUUUUCUGUAUGGCUGCCCUAAUAUUUCCAAUAGGAUUUUACAUCAAUGAAGUCGGAGGUCAACCUUAUAAGUUACCCAACAACACUGUAGUUGGGUCAUCAUAUGUACUUUUUGUCUUAUCGAUUUUCUUCACAAUAGUAGGACUCCUGUUUGCUGGCAAAGUCUGUUUACCAGGCUGACGAAUGUCUAAACGGCUUAACUCUUUUUAUUUUUUUUUAUUUUAUUUUUUUAUUUUUAGAGGAUGGGAGGACAAAGAGAAGGCAUCUGGGCAGUCCUCUCAUAGGAAGAUGCUUAGAUGAACCUGAUGCUGAAAAGGAAAAAUUGCUUUGAUUUGUUCUCACUAUGCACUUUGGAUUUAAAAAAAAGAAUGAGAGCCUUUUCCAUAACCAAAUACAAUAUUGACUAAAUCUCCUGAGCAUAUUCAGGCAGUCAGUCUGCACUGUGAUAGCAACCUAGUGAAGGAGAGUGCUUUAUACUGAAAGCAUGUGGCCCCUUGUGACUCUGUUGAUCUGUUUUUAAUGUCUAAUGAUUCAUUUGAGAGGGGGGGAAAGUCUAGUAUUUAUGAAUCAUGAUGGACCAGAAGGGUGCAGGAGGUUCGUGUGGGGCUGGCCUCACCUCCUAAGAUAUUAGUGUUCUCGAUUUCCUUGUCAUGUUAUGAGCCUUUGGCACCACAAUGGAUUGCCGUUGCAUUACUGCACCAAGAAGCCAAUAGAUCAAAACUUGUUUGCUAAAAAUGUAUGUAAAAAUUCUAAAACUCCCUAAUCUCUGUGUACAAAAGAAAAAAGAAAACACUAAGAAACAAGUUUGGGGUGGGUGGGGGAAAUCUUCCUUAUAUUUAUAUAAAUAUAUAUAUAAUAUAUAUAUUUUGCUGAUGCAGUAUACAGUGUGUAUAUGUGUGUGUGUGUAUGUGUGUGUACAUUUGUAUAUGCACACAUGCAAACAGUUCCUGGACGAGAACUCUGAAUGCUUGCUAGCAAAACACUGUGGUGUGCAACCUAGAACUCAAUAGAAAAAAGCCAUUUAUCUGAAGGCUGCAUAGUGGAGAGAGUCUUCAGUUUACCUCAUUCUUUGUAGCAGCCCUUGAUUUUGACAGGUUUCUGUAAUAGGUACAAAUAACUCCAUACCUUUCUAGGUGCAAUUUUAAGUUAAGCUAAAGAUUCUUUGUAAGUUUAAUUUAUUUGUAUGUGACAGUAAAGGUAAGGCCAUGUCAAACCUUAUAGUCUGGGGAACCUGACACUGUUGGAAUGAAUAACAACUGUCAUCUAUUGUACAGACACUUGUUUUUUCCACUGGUUCAGUCUGCUACGUUAACAAUGCAGUGUAUACGUUCAGGCAUACAACUUCACAUAAA